AUGGCCUUGACUGAUACACCAUGCAGUGUAAAGUCCAAGAGUUCGAAACCAUGGGAAGAUUGGAUCUUAGACGAGUCCCGAAUAAGAAUUGCUUGCGUGUGGUUCUUGGUAGCGCAAGUAGCCACCGUUAAGGUAGGCAUAUCUUGCGGCGUUCUUGACACAUGGAGAGAAUUGACACUACCAUGUCACAAAGUACAAUGGGGUGCUACAACGCCAGAAUCAUGGGACGAAGAAACAAAAGCGUUGAGAAGUCUUCCCAAGCGGGGUCAGGAUCUGGCAUACUUUGGGGAGCUUCUGGAAAGUCAUCAACAUGCCAACGAUGCAUUUCAUGCAGAAACGCUUGAUAGAUGGAAUUCAGGAGUCGAUAACAUCGGGUUGCUCCUGAAUUUAGUGACGGCGAUGAUGUAA